AUGGACCACUGCGACGUCCUCAUAGUCGGAGCCGGCCCAGUAGGGACAACUCUAGCCCUCGAACUGGCUCUACAAGGCGUAUCCUUUCGCAUCAUCGACAAAAGCCCAACCCGAUCAGAACACAGCAGAGCCUUGAUCGUCCACCCUCGUACUCUGGAACUGCUAGACCGCCAUGGACCCGUCGUCGACAAGCUCAUGUCCAAAGGCACCAUUGCCCGUGGCGCCGUGAUGAACAUCAACCGAAAGCUAGUAGCCAGAGUAGAUAUGGACGAUCUUGACAUCACCGAUACCAACUUCCCCUUGCCUUUGAUGGUUUCCCAAGCCGAGACGGAGAAGUUCAUGGAAGAGGCCCUGGCCGAGUAUGGCAAAGCCGUUGAACGGGGUUAUACCGCCACGAAUAUCGUUCAAAAUGACAAGGGGGUUACCACAACUCUUAAGACACCAAAUGGUAGUCAUACAACGAUCCGAUCCAAGUAUGUCGUCGGCUGUGAUGGCGCCCAUAGCGUGGUUCGACAUUCUGCUUCGGACGUUACCUUCGACGGAGACACCUACCCACAAGAUUUCAUCCUCUGCGAUGCCCGCCUCCGCAACUCCAACGUCGCGAGAGACCGCUUCACCAUCUGCUUCGGCGACACCGGCUUACUAGCCUUCUUCCCCAUCUCACCCCACAGCAAUGACAACAACGAAGACGGUCUCAUCCGCCUUAUCGCAUCAGGUGGCCGCUCAGUCACCAAGCAACCACCAUCUCAGCCCACUGCUCCCGGCUCUCCUGGAUCCCAGCCGCAGCAUCAACACGGCGAACAACCCGACGAACCCCCCACCCUCUCCCACUUCCAACACCUCCUAGAUUCCUUCGCCCCUCCCGGCUCCGGAACCGUGCACUCUCCCAUCUGGCUAGCCCGCUUCCGCCUCCACCACCGGGGCGUCAACAGCUACCGCUCUAGCCGACUUUUUCUCGCCGGCGACGCCGCGCACAUCCACAGUCCGGCCGGUGGACAGGGGAUGAACGUUGGAAUCCAAGAUGCCAUCAACUUGGGAUGGAAACUAGCCUCUGUCCUUAAACACCACAACAAGCUCACCGAGGAAGCGAGGGAGGCCUUGCUGGAUAGCUAUCAUGCUGAACGCUACCCCGUGGGCAGGGCGCUGCUGCAGGGAACGGAUAGGAUGUUUAGCUUCACGGCGGCGGCGAGUCCGUGGAUUUUGAAGGUGAGGAAUGCGGUGUUGCCGUGGGUUUUGCCGUGGCUGGUUGCGGUGAAGUGGGUUAGGAGGAGGUUUUAUGGGUUUAUUUCGGGGUUUGGAACGAGUUAUCGUUAUUCGGGGAAGGGGAAUGGUGGUGGUGCGGGGGAGAGCUGUGUGGUUGGGAUGAACAUCAUGUCUUCGGAAUCGUCAUCGAUGAAGAUAAGAGGUGGUGAUAGGUUGCCGGAUGGGAAGGUGAUUGAGCUAACCCCAGGACGGGCAGAGGUAGGACGAACAGAUGGGCGAUAUGCCCCUGGUGAUGAAGGGAGAAGAGUUCCGGACCUGCCCCUGUUGGAGGAGAGAACAGAAACGAGCCUGCAUCGAAUCUGUCGAGGUGCAUCUUGGCACUUGUUGCUGUUCUCCGGGACAGGAACUGGUGAUAGCAAUGCGGUGACGGUUGAGGGGUUAACACUGGCGGGCGAAAGAGUAUUGGCGGUCGUCAAAAGGGAGUGCUCACUUCAUUUCUUCUACCACGUUGCAGAGGAUCAGGAUCGUGGUGAUAGCGCGGGGCAGGGGCGAUUGCGUCCGCUGGGCGAUGGUGAGCUGCAGGUGGUUACAGGGGACAGCGGCGUUGCUUCAUAUGCGGACCCGGGUGGUCGGGUCCAUGGUCUCCUUGGAUUGGACAAUGGUCAUGGCGGGUUUGUGAUGGUGAGACCUGACGGUUAUGUUUCUCACAUUGGAUAUCUGUCGUCACUGCACGACUUUGUGAAGGAGUGGGAGUCACAAGUUCGUAUUUGA